GCUACCUACCUUGUAUCGCUACACAUCACCCACAGUCAGACUCAGAAAAGCUUUACAACUAUCCCUUUCCUCUAUUCGUAGCCAACGAUACUUCACCAUGUCUUCGGAACCCUCAAUCGCCGACCGCAUAGCAGCUUUGCAGGCUAAAAUAAAAUCUAUCAAAAUCGCAAAGCAAGAUGCUUCCGCGGAGGUGGAAGAGAUGAGACAGCUCAAAGCUCUCCUUCCCAAACCAGGAGAAGGGAUUGAACCGUCUGGAGAUACUGGAGGCUUCGUACUCAAAACUCCAAAAGGUACGGUCGACUUCAAACCUCAAGCAACGUUGUUACGGAAGAAAAUCUUCUCAACACUCGAGACAAUUUUCGUCAAAUAUGGAGCAAGCACCAUUGAUACGCCCGUGUUCGAGUUGAGAAAGAUUCUGGCGGGGAAAUAUGGAGAAGAUAGUAAACUCAUUUAUGAUCUCGAGGAUCAAGGCGGUGAAUUGUGUUCAUUACGAUAUGACCUUACUGUCCCAUUCGCAAGGUAUUUGGCUAUGAAUGGAAUUCUUUCGAUGAAACGAUAUCACAUUGGUAAGGUUUACAGGAGAGACCAACCUAUCAUGUCGAAAGGGCGCUUGAGGGAAUUUUAUCAAUGUGAUUUUGACAUCGCUGGAUCUUAUGACCCCAUGGUACCCGACGCAGAAAUCCUCGGCAUGUUAUGUGAAGCAUUAUCGGCUCUCGAUAUCGGAGAGUUUACCGUCAAAGUCAACCACAGAAAGAUUUUAGAUGGAAUAUUCGAGCUCGCCGGUGUACCCGCUGCUCAGACUCGGUCCAUCUCUUCUGCUGUUGACAAGCUUGACAAGACUCCUUGGGCGGAAGUGAAAAGAGAAAUGACUGUGGACAAGGGUCUCCCCGAAUCCGUGGCUGACAAAAUCGGCAAAUACGUCGGACUGAAAGGACCUGGUUUUAAGCUUUUGGAAAAACUCGAAGCCGACGCUACUCUCAAUUCCAUCUCAUCCGUUCGAGCAGGUCUUAAAGACAUGCGUCUACUAUUCGGUUAUCUAGAAGUUUACGGUGUCCUACCUUUAAUUUCCUUUGACAUGUCACUAGCUCGUGGUCUGGAUUAUUACACUGGAAUCAUAUACGAAGCCAUUCAUGAUGCAUCCGCACCUCCUUCUCUAUCGCCCGACCCAGCUGUUCCUCCUCUUUCCACAAUCACCUCCACCGACCUGACUUCAUCUAGUGGAUCUACCACUUCUACACAAACGAAGCAAGUGGAAAAAGAGAAAAACGAAGAUGGAGUGGAUGAAUCUGCUGUUGGAGUUGGGUCUAUAGCCGGUGGAGGGAGAUAUGAUAAUCUUGUGGGAAUGUUUGCAGAAGCAGCUGGAAAUACAAGAGAACAAGUUCCUUGUGUAGGUGUGAGUUUAGGGGUGGAAAGGAUUUACAGUAUUUUAGAAAUGCGUAGAAGAGGUAGGGAAGAGAAAGUGAGAGGGAAAGAAACUGAAGUUUUCAUUCUAAGUUUGGGAGAUGGGUUAUUGAGAGAACGUAUGAGUUUGGCUAAGAAAUUGAGAGAUGCGGGGAUUAAGACCGAAUUCAUGCUUAAAGCCAAACCCAAAACACCCGUUCAAUGGAAGAUGGCAGAUGAUGAUCAUGUCCCAUUCGUAGCUAUCGUCGCUCCUGCCGAACUGAAAAAAGGUACUGUACGGAUUAAAGAACAAGUCGGAAGGGAUGCAGCUGGGGAUGAUAAAGGGGAAGAGGUAGCGAUGGAAGAUGUUAUACAGUAUCUCAAAACUAAGUUGGGUAAGGCGUGAUCUCUCAAUAUUUACCAACAUUCAGAGAUCUUCAUGCAUAUAUGUUUAUCCCUGUGC